AUGUACAAAUUCUCCGAUGGAUAUCUGACCUUCCUGAAGACAAGAGUGACCGAAACACAGCAUUCGCUGGAGGAAUGUGUCACUAAGACAGGUGGAAAUCAACCUGUUGCCUUAAGACUAUGCGACGGCAACGCCCAAACCAGCGCCUUUUGGCGCGACCCUAUUAUUCGAGACUGUAAGGUGAACAGUGACGUCAACAAACAACUGGACCACUUGUCUGACUACCCCGUCACGAAGGACAAUGUGAACGGCAUCGCUAAAGCUUUUCUGGACCUCACAGAUGACCCAUCCUCCCUCGACAGUGAGGGCAUCGAGUCAUCAGCUGAUGUACUAGACAGCAUUAUCGGCGUCGGGGACACAUCUUCCACGACCACUGAGCAGGUCGUGCUUGCCGUCAACAACCUGCUUCAGGUCCCAGCGAGCGCCUUCGGCGCGCCUACGAAUUCGUCAUCUCGCUUGGUUCAGUCCCUCGAGAAGCAAGUAUCCUACGCGCUCUCUCGGGGCGGCAAUUUCAGCUCGGUGGCGGGUAGCCUUGGCGUCGAGGCGUUCAACUUGCCGCUGGCGACGCUGAGUGGCGGGCUGCUGUUCGCGACAAUUUACAACGAGUCUGGUAGCGGUGCCCUGACUGAAGACUCCAUUGUGACACUUACCGGCGGUGAUGGCGUCCGUGAUGAGAACAUCGAGACCAAGAUCUAUUUGCCCGGGGCAAUAGUUGAUCUACUUCCUUCACCACCGGAGAACGAUCACUUGCCCGUCAGUUUUGGAAUCUACCAGAAAAGCACCCUCUUUCAAUCCAAGAGUGUCCGUGAAGGAAAGACAAAGCAGCGAGUUGUCGGCAGCAGGAUCGUCACAGCCGCUUUUCACGGGGUCAGAGUUGAGAAUCUUCCCCUUAACUCUUCAGUCGUGAGCACGUUCCGUCUAACCACAAAUGUGGCGGAAGGCAGGAGAAUCGCCGAGGAAACCCGAGAAUGUGUGUUCUGGGAUUUCACUUUGAACCACGGCAUUGGAGAUUGGUCGAAUGCAGGGUGCCAGACUGUCUCCACCGACUCUCUGGGGCUGACGACAUGCAGCUGUAAUCAUCUCACUAGCUUUGCCGUGCUGGUGGAUAUUUAUGGUCAGAAAAAGAGCAGUCCAGCGCUUGAUAUCAUCAGCAAGAUCGGCUGCGGGGUGUCCAUUAUUGGACUCCUUGUCACCCUUGGCAUUUAUUUGUCGAUUGAAUCGCUGCGAGUCAAGAUCCCCAGCCGCAUCCUGAUCUGUCUCUGUUUCUCCCUCCUGUGUCUCUACCUGAUCUUCUUGGUUGGCAUUGAGCAGACCUCCUCCGGUCACGGCUGCCUGGUUGUGGCCGUCUUACUCCAUUACUUCACCCUGGCCUCACUAGCCUGGAUGGCUGUGGAGGCCACAAACCUGUACCUAUAUUUGGUCAAAGUUUUCAACAUCCAACGCCGGCAUUUUGUGCUGAAGGCUUCUGCCGUAGCCUGGGGUGUUCCUUUGCUCAUUGUCAUCAUAAUCUUGUCUGUGGACUACACUCAGUACCAAAACACCAGUUUUUGCUAUUUGAAGACCGGUAACGCCUUUUACUACGGCCAACUCUUAGUCCUCGGUAUUGUUGUGGUGUACAACACCGCCAUUUUUAUUUUGGUGAUGGCCAACAUGUACCGACCAGGGAAACUUCGAGGCUCUGCGCACAUGCGGCAGAGAUUGAUGACUCGAGCACAGAAUGCCAUUGCCAUCUGCAACUUGGUGGGCCUGACCUGGGUCUUCGGCAUCCUGACCGUCUUCGAGUCAUCCAGCUUCGCCUUCCAGGUCUUGUUCUCCGUCUUCAACUCGCUGCAGGGGCUCUUCAUUUUCCUGCUGUUCUGCGUGCGCCAGGAGACCACACGCGUCGUGCUGGCGCGGUGCGUCCGGCGGCGGGCCCGCGCCGCGCUGAAGAUCAGCUUCUCGUCCCUGAAGAAGUACAACAGCGGCACCCGGUACCCGUCCCAGGAUAAGCUGAUCCAGCUACCCAACCGAAGUCUGACCAUGUCGACUUCCCCAGACGAUGACCAAGAACAUCCUUUCUGCGUCCCCGUGAUGGACAGUGGGUUUGGAAUGGCCAGUGGUACGAACUUACAUCGUUGA